AUGGGGGAAUGGCCUGUCGUGUCGGAGCUUGAAGUUUUUGUCCGCGAACUUCGCUCCGUGGAUGGACUUUCCGCCUGUACCAUUCCCGCGGGUGAAAUCACCGCCUUGAAGCAUGAGAUCCGGAAUCACACAGCGGAAGCUGGAACCGGCACAGCCGAAGCCUUUCUCGCCCGUGCAGAGGGCACGGAAGUUUUCGACAGUCUUGGGAACGAUGUCGUCGUACAGCUCGAAAUUGAUUCGUCCCAAGCGUUGCCUCUUCUCGUGGAUCCGGUGAACUGUGGACCUGUCCAAGUCACAUCGAAGUAA